UGGAAUUCUAUUGUUAUUAUAUGCAUUAUCGUAAGCAUGAGCCUAAUCCAGCCAUUUGCUCUGGUCGGCUUUCCCAACAAUUUGGUGUCAAUGCUUAUUCUUGUGUUGAAGCAAACCGCCUUUCUUUUCAUUUCUUUAAUCAGGACCUCCUUCGAAGUGAAACAUAUCAAGGAAUUUCACAUGCUAUAUGUCAUGGUGCAUCCACAGGAAAGGAUGUUGGAAUUAAGAAGAUGUUGCCUUCUAGCUUCAUUGGUAGUAAAAGUUGCGCAUACUAAUGAAUUCCAAAAGCGUGGCCUUCCACAUUCUCAUAAUCUUGUGUGGCAGUGUAACAAUGAACGAGAGCGAUCUAUUGCUGAUGUUGAUCAUUAUAUCUCUGCUGAACUGCCUGAUCAAAACCUCGACCCAUUGGGAUUUUCUUUAGUCCAGGAAUUUAUGAUUCAUGGUCCUUGUGGUGCUUCUAAUCCAAAUUCUCCAUGUAUGACUGAUGGUAAAUGUUCCAAAAGAUAUCCCAAAGAUUUCCAGUCUGAGACUACCUUUAAUCAAGAUGGGUAUCCUAUUUAUCGUCGUAGAAAUAAUGGGGCCAAAGUAUGGAAACACAAUAUUCAACUUGAUAAUCGUUGGAUUGUGCCGCAUAAUCUUGAUGUUCUGAAGAAGUACCAGGCUCAUAUCAACGUCGAAGAAUGUAAUCAGUCAUACUUAGUGAAGUAUCUAUUCAAGUACUGUAACAAAGGAUUUGAUUGUGCAAAGGUUGCUUUUAAGAAAAGCAGUCCCUAUUCUGAUCAACAUACAGGCAAUAGUGAAGGCAUUGAUGAAAUAGCAGAAUAUAUAAGAUCAAGAUAUUUAUCCUGUUGUGAAGCCACUUAG